CAGGACUUCCGUUCAGCACAGGAGCGGUCGCGGUCAUGGAACCAGGUACAGGACAGCCGUCCGCGAGCUUCGCUGAUGUAUCCUUGAGCAUUGGUCCUGUCUCUACUUCACCCGACGUGGUAAAUACGAUGUCUGCGACAGCGUCCUCCGAAGCAAUCAUGACUGUGUCUUCCGAAACCAUACCUUCCACCACCAGCACUCAGGUCUCGAGCUCGCUCAGCUCAAUGACGGCGACUAGCUUCACUGUGACAACCGGUUCUCAGACGCCCUCAUCCUCCGCUUCAGUAUCGACGCGGAUGUCGUCCAAUCCGUCUGGCGCGCUUUAUGCCGACAAGCCAGGCUUCAAAGUCGGUGUUUCCUUUGGGGCCCUAGCGACUAUCGGCUUGUUCGUGGCAUUCGUGCUCUGGCGGCUCCGCGCGCGCCAACGAACGCGUACCCAAGAACUGGAGAAAAUGAUCGUCUGGCCGUGGGACAAGGAGACAUCAAGCGGCAUGCCCAGCAGUCCUGCAGGUCUAGAGACAGGGUUCGCGGCAACUUCGACGAACGGCGACGGGGCUCAUGCUUGGAGUGCUGGUUGUCUUGAUCGUCUGGAUGCAAUCAGCCCGACCGAUGGGCGCCUGCCAACCCUUCCUCCUGCUGUGCACUCUCUGAACGAGACUCCAUACCAAACGGUGCAGCUGCAUCAUACAAACAACAGUGUACCCGACCUCGCACCAAACAUGGGAGCGCUCCAAGUCACGAACCUCGUUCCCGGUGAUAUCACCUCUGGGUCUGAGAGCAGCCGCGCAAGUUCCGUAUUGAGUAUGGCCUUCAUGGGUCAUACCCCAAUCCCCGAGUACGGAACUCCCUACGAGCCCAUGGCUGGAGAGCGACCUCGCUUCUUGGGUGUUCAAGACUAUGCGUUACCUGUUCCAUGGGCCCCUCUUCACACCCAGCGGAAAGCGGCAGACAUCUUCCGCUUCAAGUCUACAAGUAACAUCAGCGAGAAGAGCGUGGGUCCUUUGCCGUAUCCGGGGGAUGUUCACCAUGUGGGCUCUGCGCCAGGCGGUUGGGCAACGUCGUUCAAGACGAACAUAGUCAAUGCGUUCAACGCGGUCGUCGGAGGACCUGUACAGAAUACUUCUGCGUCGGACAACUUGACCACAUCGCCGCAACGCAAGAAGCGCGGAUGGAAUGACGGUAGUGGCAUCGCACCCUCGAUCCGUUCUGUCCACUCGGACGUCAAGGAAUGGCCUUUAGAUGAAGCUGAUGGCAUCGAUUAUCUGGAUGCUCACGCCGGUGAACUGGCUAGUGCAAACUCGUGGUCGUCAAUCCCGCUCGAGGAUGCUCCACAGAAGGAUGUUGCCCAAGAUACGAUGGAUGGUAAUGUCGGCGCGGCGCGUGACGGAGACGAUAAACAACUGGACAUCAUAGAGGAAUACUACUCGGAACAGCUCCAGGAGAGCGAUCCACCCCAGGUUGAUGCGCAUCCUCCGCGUCUUCCAGACAUUCCUCAGAUAUCACGCACACCCUCACUGUCAUCACUAGCGAUCGUUUGCGAAGGGCGUUCACAGAGGAAGUCCACGAAGUUCAGGAAAGGCGGUACACGCAAGAAGACUCGCGGGUCGCGCAGGCCGACGUUGGUAGCUCGAGCGUCCUCCUCGUCAUGCUCUGUAGGGUCGGACAUAUCUCGGCAGUCAAGUGUUCGCUCCGAUAACCUCACCGACGCUGAAGUGUUUGCGAAGAAGAUGCUCAGGGAGAGGCGGAGGCGGGUGAUGGAGAUGGGGUCUACGAGACAUUGCACCUGAACAUCUGAUUUCGAUGGACGAUUGAGUGUAUGUUGCCUCAAGCAAGGCAACAGAGCGAAAUGCAAACCGUCUUCAUCGGGGUUGUUUCGUGGGGAGAGAUUGAAAUAUGUUCUUGUCACUGGUCCUAGCUGAGGGAAACACGAUCGUAGUACAACAUGCGCAGUCGUAUCUACAACGCCAAGACAUCAUCCUGCUCACUCUAUUCAAACACUAUCGUACGGCCGGUUGCUCUGUACCGGUUUGGUGACGACAAUCUGCGUCUUGGAGAGGUCGCCCGAGGAACCCAAAGUAUCUUGAGCAGCGGUCGACGAUGUGGUCGCAGUAUUGAAGCGCAUACUUGACAUGUUCCAGAGAUGAAGUCCACGAGGUGCUGUACGACUUCCAUUUUGAUUUCCG